AAUUUCAUUACGAAUGUGGUGUAAACAAAUUCAUACUGGGCCUUAUUGGAGUUUGGCCAGAGUCAAAUCAAAAAUUCAUAAAAAAACAUCGUACUUUGGUCGACGCGAUCGUGCUUUUUAUAACACUAUGGGUUCCACGUGCAGCUGCCUUUGUUUUACUAUGGGGUGAAAUCGACGCUUUGGCACAAGCCGGUGCCACCAAUGUACCGAUAGCAUUGUCUGUUGUUAAAAUGCUGAUUCUUUAUCGACGAAAAAAUGAUUUUGCAAAAAUUCUGGAUGGAAUGAAAGAAGACUGGAAAAAACCAAUGACAAAAGAAGAAUAUGAAGUUGUUAUAAAAAUGGCAAGACUAGGAAGAAGAAUAAGUAUUAUGUCCACUUUUCUUACAAUUAACGCAAUUUGGCUGGGUGCUGUUGUACAGAUUUUUUAUAACAUCGAAACGACAAUAGUGGAAAAUCCAGACCCUCGUUUGACAUUAAACUUAUUUUGGGUCGUAUAUUUACCCUAUGAUACAUCAAAAACAUCGAACUUUGUGUUAACGUGGGUUAUCCACUUUUAUACCUCUAUUAUGAGCGCCGUAGUUUACGGAAGUUUCGAUGGGUUUAUUGUCGUCCUUGUGUUCCAUCUUUGCGGACAAUUGGAUUUAUUGCAGAUUUGGGCACGAAAAAUAGCAGACAAAACAGACUUGAAAAGCUUUAAGAGCAAAUUAAGAUUUAUAGUAAAGCGACACGAGCAAUUGAAUGAAAAAUGUUUACAGGUCAAUUUAACCCAUUGCAAAUUGCAUUUACAUUAUUUUACACAACAGUUAUGGUGCUUCAUCUUUUCUUCUGUUGCUGGGCGGGUGAACUUUUAUCAUCAAAGUGAAAAUCUUGGUUACGCAGUUUAUCAAAGUAAAUGGUAUAAUUUACCACCAAUACCUGCUCGAUCAUUAAUAAUGAUUAUUCAAAAAAGUUCCAAACCAUUUGUACUAACAGCUGGCAAAUAUAUGCCAAUGACUUACAACUUAUUUCUUAUCGUUGUGAAAACAUCAAUGAGUUAUCUUUCAGUGAUGUUUGCCAUGUCAACAGAUUAA